UGUCCGAUCGUAUGGAAAACAGUUAGCAUGCCUCGCUGACUUGCUCUAUAUAGUCAUCAUUCUACUCACAACAGUUUUUUGGUCAUGUCUCAGAGGAAGCGGGUGGCCGGAGCGUCGCAGAGAUCUCAGGGCCGGCUGUCCGGGGGCCUGGAGGCAUGGGACGAGGAUGACAACAUCUCUUUCACACAGCCCAGUUCUUCCCAGGUUCAGAGGGGACUGGAGCGAAUCACUGCAGCUCAAGUUGACCAAAAGAUGGCAGAGGUGGUGCAGUUUAUUCUUAUUAAGGACCAGAAGAAGGUGCCAAUCAAGCGAACAGACAUUGUGAAGCAUGUGAUAAAGGAGUACAGGAACAUCUACACUGAGAUCAUGAAGAGGGCCAGCAGGACUUUGGAGCAGGUGUUUGGGCUGAAGCUGGUGGAGAUUGACACAAAGAAUCGCAUUUACAUCCUGAUAAACAAGCUGGAGCCCAUGGCUGAAGACCCCACCAACAUGAGCCCUGGGAACCCACGGACCGCCCUUCUCUUUGUCAUCCUGAGCCUCAUUUUCAUGAAAGGAGGUGCUGUCAAGGAGUCUGUGAUAUGGAACACCCUGAAGAAGCUGAGAGUGGAUCAGGGAGAGAAGCAUGACGACUUUGGAGAUGUGAAGAAGCUGGUCACAGAAGAAUUUGUCAGGCAGAAGCACCUGGAGUACGUGCGCAUCCCGCACACAGACCCAGUGGAGUAUGAGUUUCGCUGGGGGUUACGGGCAGAGAAGGAGGUCUCAAAGAUGAAGAUGCUGCAGUUUGUAAGUGAGCUGCACGAGCAGCAGCCACAGGUCUGGACCCAGCAGUACAAGGAGGCCAUGGCGGCUGAGGUCACUGAGAGACAGGCCAACAGCCAGAGUUAGAUCCCACUGGAGUGAGGACACCCUCCUAACAUGCCAUUUCCUCUGUGGCGGACUGUACAGCCCUUCAGGGUGAAGAGGUGCCCUGUCAGGGUUGGGUUACACUGUGUGAAUACAACAGCAUCAGUGACCUCACACCCCCUGUUGUUUUAAUUUUUUAACCUGUAAAUGCUUCAUAAUCCAUUUUCUAACAAGAUUUUGUUGCAGUUUGCCAAUAAGGAGAGGUUUUCCAGAAAGAUCUUGCCAUUGUUCAGUGUCCAGUAAUCCUUUGCUUACAGUUUUUAGUUUAAGGAUUUAGAGACAUAAACUUGUUUUUGCAAUGUGCAGUAUAAAAACGUGUAUGUACACAUAAAGUUAUAUAUAUAUUUUUUUUUACUUAAAAAAUAAAUUUGUCGCAGCCAUUUUCUUCUUAAUGAACGCAGCUGCUCCACGACCCUCAUUUCUCAGCUUUAACAAGAUAAGACUUUAUCUAUCCUGAAGGAAAUUAUUUAAAUUAUUGAACAACCUGCCUGUUAGGGCCCUCAAACUCAAUACUUAAAAAUAAACAAAAAAUCCCUGAAACAUUACCUACAUUUGUGAUUACAUGAUUUUUAAUAUUGUUUUAAACAGUAGAUCAGAAUUCUUCAUGGCACACAUCUGUUUCUGACAUAUUGCUGUCUUCAAGGGCAGACCAUUGUAAAUGGCUGAUUCAGACCAGACACCAAUUAACAGCUUAUUACAGUUGGGGUUCUUAGUACUGUUUUAAGGAAAACUGCUGUCCUAAGAUUCAGCACUGUGUUUGGGAAGCAGCUCUGACACAGAAAGCUCCCUUGCCUUCCUUUCCAUUUCAAAGCAUUCAUCAGACUGAGUAUGUUAACCCUUUCUUUAGCCCAGUCAAAAAAAUAAAACAGUUUGCAAUUGUUGUUUAUUUAAUGAUUUUGUUUCUGAAGCAUUGUA